AUGGAAGUGAUCACCCCAAACGAAAAUCCAGACAACACACCAACCCCUUUUAUUGUCAAAUUAUAUGAACUUGUGAAUGACGAGAAGAGUAAAGACCUUAUAUGCUGGUCACACGAACAGAACAGACCAGGCUUUGUCGUUCUCGAACCCGUACAACUCGCCGCAAACGUCCUUCCGAGGUUUUUUAAGCACUCCAAUUUCAGUAGUUUUGUGAGGCAAUUGAACAUUUAUGGGUUUCAUAAAGUCGACCACCCCCUCGGACAGUGUUUUCACCACCCAUGCUUCAAAGAAGGACAUCCAGAGUUACUCUCGAAAAUCCAUAGACAACAACCAAAGCGCGCGGAAGCCGAGAACGCUGAGAUGUAUCGAAGCUUACUGCAACGGCUUGAAGAGUUGCAGAAGGAAAGCGUUUCGACUACUAAUCAACUCCAACAGCUCAACACAAUGCUUUUUUCAUUGAAAGGUCGUAUCGACGAAAUGGAGGAGCGCAUGCAGAGUAUGACGGAAUGUCUGUAUUUCAUUAAUAUGGACGAGUCGAGGUAUGGACAACAAAAGAGAAAUAACCCGCCGCCGGCUGCUCCGUCCUGGAAGUAA